CCAAUAUGGAGAAGCCAUCGAUCUUCGACGUCCCCCUUCUCAAGGACGAGGUCACCCAGUAUCUCUCCAGUCGCGACCUGGCUCAUUGCUCCCGCGUUUCCAAACAGUGGUCCACCUGGUUUAGGCCCACUCUCUGGCGUGCCCUCGACUUUGGGUCCUCGGAUUUCGAUGAAUGCACUCUGCAAAAGCACCGCGAUCACGUCAAGACAAUCCUCCGCCUGAAUAUCGCUCACCUGGCCGCUGACGACUUUCCACUCCCCAAUCUCUGGUCCUUGGAGGCGUCCUCUUCGUUGAAUAUCUUUGACAGUCAUGUGCUCUUAACGGAGAUAUCUGGUUUACGCACGUUCUUGAGAAUCGCUCCGACUGUUCUGCGAACACUGAAGAUCGAAUUCUGGCUCAUCAAUCCAGAUCUUGAUGAAAUGAAAAAUUUUGACCUCACUUCCCGACAAUUCCUCGACCCGUUUUUUGUACUUCAACUUUUCCAGGCCUGCAGCAACCUCGAUUCAUUGAUUUUACGUGUCAGAUCCUACCUUACUAUACUGUAUCAAGACGAGCAUCUCCGUGAAGUUCUGAGAAAACAGGACGAGUCCGCCAACCGUGGCAUGGAGCAGAUGCCAAAGGCUCAACUGCGAGAGCUGGGGCUUUACGUACGGUGUUUUGGGUAUGGGCUCGCCAUCUUGCCUCUGUUUCUAGCACAAUGUCCACACUUGCAAGUCUUUCGACUGGGAGAUCUGGAGACUAUGGGAGAUCUGAAGACCACAGGAAUACUGGAACAGAUCGUAUCUGUAUUUGAAGACGGCAAGUGUCCAAAAUUGCGAGACCUUCAGCUAGGCGGUGUUCUAGGCAAGGAUACCGAAGAACUGAACACAAGGUUUAUACGCUCGCUCGGACAAGGAAGCGGCGAUGACUCCCUCAACAGCAAUGCAGGCGACCUGGAGAGACAAUGUGGGCUCGAAUCCAUAACAGUCAAGGGCACUAGGGCCCUAAGCACAUUUGUGAUGGCCCUCACGCAACAUCAAGCCACAACAUUGACGUCCAUGGAUAUCAUCCACUACCACAACACUCGGCUGGCAGACCUUGUAAGUCUUGUGAGCAGCCUUCCGAAACUGCGUACCCUGGGUAUCACUGUUAACUUGCGGUCACAGAACGGUCGUACCCCAGAAGAGGACCUGGCACUUCACAAAGGGUGGGUCUUCCUUGAGCUGAAGCGAUUGACACUGUAUUACAUUUUGGAACAUGGGACUGAGGUUGUCAGUCAAACGUGUCCAAGCGAGAAAUUGCAGAGUCGUUUCAUGCAUUAUGUCUUUCCGCAGACUGCGCGUCUUUCGGAACUGGAGGAAUGGACACUUGGGCGCAACAUUGAGUUAUUGUGCUUAUCGAAUGGGUUCCUUAGUUGGCUACCGGGAUUGAAGAGGCUGAAGUCAUUGACUUACAUCGCUCGCUCGAAGAACUCCAUGGAUACGGUGGAGGCAGAGUGGAUGAUUGAAAACUGGCCGAGUCUGAUUCAUGUUGCGUUACUGAGCACUGACCGAGACGCUUUAUCGGAGACGACACUGCUGGCGCAAGAGCGAUUCGUGGCCUCGCUGAAAGAAAAAAGACCAUGGAUCCGUAUCGAGUAGGGCUGUGUGCAAACGGAUUGCGAUCGUCUCAAUAAGUCACUGGAUCGUGAUUCCUCUUAUGGCAUGAUGCUGCACUGGAUCAGCACAUUUCGUCUUGCAGGCGCUUUGCUCAAACCAACAUUUAUAUAGCACGCAUGAAUACGACAAUCGUUCCCUGAAUAAGCUAUCUCUACUCCGAUCCUUUACGUUUCACGCGAAUAAAAGAUGGGCU